GCGGUGUGGUCCCGAUUCUUCCCCGUUUAUCGCGAGAUGAUGAAGAGGAUAGCAGCCGGAGAAAUCGGCGAUGUGGUGCAGGUCAUUGCUUCCUUUGGAAAGGCCGCAGAACACGUGGAACGCCUGGUGAGGAAAGACACGGGUGGAGGAGCCACGCUAGACAUGGGGAUCUACACCGUUCAGUUUGCCACGCUUGUGAUGGGCGGUGACAAGCCCUUGAAGGUGCUGGCAGGAGGACACCUCAACAAGGAGGGCGUGGACGUGGUGGCAAGUGCCAGCCUCGUGUACCCGAAGGGCCGGACGGCCUCGCUCAGCACCACCAUCAGAGCUGACCUUCCGAGCGAGGCCUUCGUCGUGGGGACGAAAGGCACGAUCAAGGUCAGUUACCCGAUGUGGUGCCCGGAAUCUUUCGAAUCGCCCUCUGGGACGUACACUGCGCCCUUGCCAGUGACAGGUCAGACAUACAACUUCAAUAACAGUCAAGGUCUCAUGUAUGAAGCAGCCGAGGUCAGGCGUUGCAUAAACGCAGGUCUGCUCGAGAGCCCAGGGAUGAGUCACGGGGAAUCCAUUACCAUAGCCGAGGUCAUGGAGCAGAUGAGGGCACAGAUGGGAGUCAUUUAGGAACAGAAGAAACAGCCGUGUGCCAAACGGCUCUUCUACGGAAUUCUACGUCUCCUGAAGAGAUGUUUCGAAGAGUAUCCCCAAAUAAACUUUACAGAGAACUAUUAAUUUGACUGAAACUUUUAGAACGUCAAGCAAAGGAAAAUAGAAAUUGAAUGAACCUAAAUCUUUACAAGACACGUGUCAAAAAAAUAAUAAAAAACAUGUUGUGUCAUA